AUGGGCAGUGAAGGAUUCAUCAACAUAGAUUGUGGGCUUCCAGACGGAUCCAGCUACCUGGACGAGAAAAUAGGUCUCAACUAUACUUCAGAUGAUGGGUACAUAGACACAGGAGAGAACCACAAUAUCUCUGCAGAAUACAAUGCGCAUGAACUGCUCAGGUCAAGUUUGAACCUCAGAAGCUUCCCCAAUGGAGGCCGGAACUGCUACACCUUGUCUCCUGCCACGGCAGGCCUCAAGUACCUCGUGAGAGCAACGUUCAUGCACGGGAACUAUGAUGGCAAGGAGCGUGAUCUCAUCAGGUCGCCACUGGUGUUUGAUGUCUACAUGGGGCUCCAUUUCUGGGACCGGAUCUACGUCAACAGCUCGACUACGAUUUACGUUGCUGAGGCCAUCAUUGUAGCUGCGGUGAGCUCAGUAUCAGUUUGCUUAAUAGACAUUGGCAGGGGGACUCCCUUCCUGUCAUCAAUGGAGAUGAGGAAGAUGAAGAGCUCAUUGUACCCAGCAGCCAUGCACAAUCAGUCCAUCGCGCUCCAGGAACGGCACAGUCUUGGCGCAAGCAGCCUAGUUAGGUAUCCGGAUGAUCCCUACGAUCGUUUGUGGUGGCCAUCACAAGGUACCUCAGGGUGGCUGAAUCUAUCUACAACAAGUGAAAUUAAACGAUAUUCAACCGAUCCAUUCGAGGUGCCAGUUAGAGUGCUCCAAACUGCCGUCACCUCGCCUACCACCUCCACCCCUCUCAACUUGUCAUGGGAAGUUCCUUCUGGCUGGCCGGCCACGGUACUGCCUGGGUACUACCUCAACAUGUAUUAUACCGAUUUCCAGGAGCAACGGCUGCGGGCAUUUGAUGUAUACUACAAUGGCUACCUGUGGGUGCCAAAUAAUCUGUCGAUCACACCAAACUAUCUCUUUUCAGACUAUUCAAAUGCCACAGCUCCAUUCACAGAUAACAGUGGUUUCUACAAUGUCCGCAUCAUCGCUACCAACACCUCUGUGCUGCCUCCCAUGCUAAAUGCAUACGAGAUAAACUACCUCAUCCAGCAUGAUGAUACUGCAACCGAUACACAAGAUGUUGAAGCAAUGAUGAAUAUCAAAACUGAGUACCAAGUUGAGAAGAACUGGAUGGGCGACCCAUGUUUACCCGAAAAAUAUACAUGGAUUGGAUUGACAUGUAAAAGUGAUGGAGUCACAUCAAGAGUUAAAACUUUGGACAUGUCCAACAGUGGUUUGCAAGGUGUGAUAUCUGAACAAUUUUCUCUUUUGAAAUCACUCCAACACCUGAAUUUGUCAUUCAAUAAUUUAUAUGGAGCAGUGCCUGAUUCUUUAACAAACUUAUCGUCCCUUCGUGUCCUUGAUUUAUCGGGGAAUCAUCUUGAUAGUCCAUUUCCUGAAGCUUUAUGCAUGGCAGGUUCACUUACUUUAAGAAAGCAAGUUCCAAGUGUGCUACCGGGAUGUGCUAAUCUACCAUGUCCAAAAAGUCAUGAAGACUAUAAAGGUCACGUACACACAUCCGACAGCCGUGAAUUCACAUAUGCGGAGUUGGUUGCAAUAACAAAUAAUUUCUCCACAUGCAUUGGUGAAGGAGGUUAUGGGCCUGUCUUCCAUGGUGAAUUAAAAGAUGGUACUCAAGUUGCUGUGAAGAUGCAUUCUCCAACAUCAGCAACAGGAAAAGGGAUGGAAGAGUUUUUAGCAGAGGUUGGGAGCUUAACAACCGUGCACCAUAGGUAUCUCGUUUUGCUCGUCGGCUACUGCACUGAGAAGGACCAUCUAUCUCUAAUUUAUGAGUACAUGCCCAAUGGAAGUCUUUAUGAUAACUUAAGAGGCAGAAAGGCAAUUGUUCAGACACUGGGAUGGCGUGAUCGAGCACAGAUUGCACUUGAAGCUGCCCAAGGUUUGGACUACUUGCACACGGGAUGUGUGUUACCAAUAAUUCAUAGAGACUUGAAGUCCCACAACAUUCUUCUAGGACAUGACAUGGUUGCCAAGAUCUCAGAUUUUGGAUUGUCCAAGUCAUACAUCAAUCUGGCACAAAGUCACAUAUCUGUGACAGCUGCAGGAACUCUAGGCUACAUCGAUCCAGAGUACUGUGUUAGCGGCAGGCUCACCACAAGUAGUGAUGUCUUCAGCUUUGGAGUGGUUUUACUAGAGAUUGUCACGGGUGAACCUCCAAUCUUACCGACCCAUGUGCAUAUCGUGCAGCGUGUAAAGGAGAAGGUUAUCAUGGGCAACAUUGAGACAAUAGUUGAUCCACGACUACACCGUCAGUAUGACUUCAGUUCCAUUUGGAAGGUUGUGGACAUGGCACUGCUUUGCACAAGAGAGUCAUCUAGUGAGAGGCCAACAAUGAGUAUGGUGGUCUCUCAUCUAAAGGACGCCCUAGAACUGGAAGAAGCACGUGCAAGUGCAAGCACCAUUAGCCAAGUCGGUUCUAAUGCCGACCUGUCAAUCAGCUGGGUAGCAUCUGGAAGAUGAAGCCUAAGUCAUCCAUUCUGAAAUUACUCUUUAAAUAUUAGUCUAUCCAUGGACCUGUACGCCUGUCUAAUGGAGUC